AACAAUCCAAGUUUUGCAUUUCAGUUUACGGUCACACUGUUACAGUCUGUUAAUUUACUGAAGUAUUUAUUUAAUUUAGAAAUAGUUUAAUUAUGGAAAUCGCAGACUCUUAUUAUAGUAAAGAUGAAUACGUUGAAACGGCCUCUGGAAAUAAAGUUAGUCGUCAUACAGUGCUCUGCGGCUCCCAGAACAUUGUGCUCAACGGCAAAGUGAUUGUUCAAAGCGGUGCCAUCAUACGAGGUGACUUGGCAAACGUUCGUACUGGGCGAUACUGUGUAAUAAGCAAAAACUCUGUGAUACGACCACCAUACAAGCAGUUUAGCAAGGGCAUCGCAUUCUUUCCAAUGCACAUUGGAGAUCAUGUUUUCAUUGGCGAAGGUGCCGUGGUGUCUGCGGCAAUUAUUGGCUCCUUUGUGUAUAUUGGUAAAAAUGCCAUUAUUGGACGCCGUUGUACGUUGAAGGACUGCUGUGUGAUUGAAGAUGGUGCAGUUUUGCCACCGGAGACGACAGUAUCCAGUUACAUGCGAUAUACAUCCAAAGGUACCAUUGAGGGAGGCCAGGGCAAUCCAUAUUUUGUGCCCGCAGCCAUGCAGGAUGAAAUGGCCAACUAUACAAAGUCAUUUUAUGAGCACUUUGUGCGUACUCCGUUGCCUGCGAGUAUAAAGACUUAAAAAGUGAACUAUAAUAAUAAAGUUAACUCUAGGUACGACGUCAUGGUAGUAUUAUUUGCGUUUACUUACAAAGAAUACUGCAAGUCUUUGUAUUAUCCGUUAUUUCUGAAUAUUUUAUAUACUAGCUCACAGUGAUUGUAAUUUCUUUAAGACGUUUAAUUUUUAAUCGUAGAACUAUAUAUAUUAUUUAUAAAACUAUUAUCUAGUCGAGUAGUCCCGUGUUGCAGUCGUAGGCUUCAUGACCACUCUCAAAGAUGACA